AUGACUUCCGAACGAGCCAACGGAGGCUCCUCUACAGUCGUCCUGGACCAGAUCGAACUGGAACCCGUAUACAAUAAGUCCGAACGGCCGAGUGUGACCAAAGUGCCCUCCAUCACUGGACGAAGUCUUGGAUCCGCGAAAGACCCGAGCGAAGAACAGUCAGACAGGAACGAAGCCCUUCCAUCUCCGACCACGACACCGAACGAGGUUCUUCAGACAUGGAAGACACCACGCAUCAACCUCUACCGAGUCAGCGCUGCAUUCUGGGCCUUUGUGGUAAUGGGCAUGAACGAUGCAACAUACGGCGCCAUCAUUCCGUAUCUACAGACCUUCUACGACCUGCCAUAUUCUAUUAUCUCCCUCGUUUUCCUCUCGCCAUUCGUGGGAUACAACCUCUCCGCGUUACUGAACAAUGCGGUGCACAUGAAAUUCGGACAACGAGGAGUGGCAUUCAUCGGAGCGAUGUGCCAUAUCAUCGCAUACGUUGUCAUCGCCCUGCAUCCACCCUACCCGGUACUUAUCGUCUCCUUCAUAUUUGCUGGCUUUGGCAACGGACUCCUGGAUGCUGGUUGGAAUGCCUGGAUCGGAGCCAUGGCGAACGCAAACGAGAUCCUAGGCUUCCUACACGCAUUCUAUGGUGUAGGCGCAACGAUCGCUCCCCUGGUUGCCACUAGUAUGAUCACAAAGGCCAACUUACCAUGGUACUACUGGUACUACUGCAUGAUCGGCUUCGCAGCCCUCGAGCUGGGAACGUCGUUGCACGCCUUCUGGAAAGCAAACGGAAAAGCAUUCCGGGAUGCACACCCCCGCACUUCUGAUGCUGCAGGUUCACGCCUCAAAGAAGCUUGCCUCACCAUGCCAGCAGCACGAGUCACCUGGAUCAGUGCCCUAUUCUUCCUUGGAUAUGUCGGUAUUGAAGUUGCACUCGGAGGUUGGAUCGUCGAGUUCAUGAUCCGUGUCCGAGAUGCGAACCCAUUCUCGAGCGGUAUGAGCGCCACAGGCUUCUGGUUGGGCAUUACAGUUGGUCGUGUGGUGUUGGGUUUCGUGACGCCACGCAUUGGGGAGAAAUUGGCUUUGAUGAUCUACCUCCCAAUCACGAUGGGUCUUCAACUCAUCUUCUGGCUCGUGCCGCAGUAUUACGUCUCUACAGUGGCAGUCGCCCUCCAAGGCUUCUUCCUGGGCCCGCUGUUCCCGGUUGUGGUGGUGGUUUGUACGAAGCUGCUACCCAAGCACCUCCACGUCAGUGCUAUUGGCUUCGCGGCAGCUUUUGGUGGAAGUGGAGGAGCUUUAUUCCCUUAUGCUGUCGGAGCUAUUGCUCAAGCGAAGGGUGUGCAAGUGCUACAGCCGAUUGUGUUGUCGUUGCUGGCGGCCAUCUUUCUUCUGUGGUUAGGGUUGCCGAGGAUGAAUAAGAAGAAGGACUAA